GGACAAAGGGGGAUGCUACAGCUCUGAGGCCAACUUUAAUGGCAGCUGUACCAGCAAUUCUUGACCGUGUUCGUGAUGGAGUGUUCAAGAAGGUAAAUGCAACAGGAGGAUUGCCAAAGAAGUUGUUUCAUUUAGCCUAUGCGCGGAGGUUGCAUGCAGUUAAUGGUAGUUGGUUUGGAGCUUGGGGCUUUGAAAAGGCUCUUUGGGAUUUUCUUGUGUUCAGAAAGGUUCGAGCAAUUCUCGGUGGUCGUAUCCGUUUUAUACUGUCCGGCAGUGCUCCCCUUUCUGGUGAUACCCCGAAGUUCAUCAAUAUUUGUCUUGGUGCUCCAAUCGGUCAAGGAUAUGGUCUCACAGAGACUUGUGCUGGUGGGACAUUCUCUGAUGUUGAUGAUACAUCUGUUGGCCGUGUUGGACCACCUCUUCCGUGCUCAUUUAUUAAGCUAAUAGACUGGCCUGAAGGUGGAUAUUUAACAAAUGACUCACCAAUGUCCCGUGGUGAAAUUGUAAUUGGUGGUCCAAAUGUCACUCGGGUAUUUCAAAAAUGAAGAAAAACAAAAGAAUCAUACAUGGUUGAUGAAAGGGGAAUGAGGUGGUUUUACACCGGUGACAUUGGGAGAGUGCAUCCAGAUGGAUGCCUUGAAAUCAUUGAUAGUAAAAAGGACAUUGUUAAACUGCAGCAUGGAGAAUAUGUCUCCUUGGGAAAGUUAUGGAUAUUACUUUUGUUUUUCUUUAGAAUUUAAAAGAAGAUAUGUGUUACUUAGAGGACUACUUAAACUUUUAUUUUUGGGCUCUUAAUAGAGUUAAAAUGUAAAGGAAAAUUCAAAUAUUGAUAGACUUGAAACAUAAUUAAAUUUUUAAAAAUUAAAUUAUUCAAUUAUGUAGAGUUUCAAGUCAAAAGAUAAGGUGUAUUUAAUG